GGUCACCUUCAUCGUCGGCGAUGACGCGGAGCGCUACGAGCACGUGAGCAAGAACCUGCUCUGCAUUCGGUCCGUGUUCUUUCGGACCAUGUUCGGCAUCGGCAUGAAGGAGCGCGACGCCGCCGAGGUCACGGUGCGCGAAACCGACCUCACCACCUUCACCGCCCUCGUCCGCUACCUCUGCACCGACCAGCUCGACCUCGGCGAGGAGGAGGGCGGCAGGGCGCAGCGCGCGCUCGACCUGCGGCAGCUGGCGCAGAUGUACCAGGUGCCGCGCCUCGAGCUGCUCUGCGCGCAGGCGCUGCAGGAGAGCGUCGCGCCGGCGACCGCCGUGCCGCUGCUCGAGGCGGCGCACGCGACGGGCGACGGGCGGCUCCUCGCGCAGUGCCGCCGCUAUGUGGCCGACAACGCCGCCGAGGUGCGGGCGAGCGGCGGCGUGGAGCAGCUGCGCGACUUUGGCGUGGCCAAGGGGCUGCUCGGCGACGCGCUCGACCAGGUGGCGGAGCUCAAGGGGGCG